CCCUCCUCCCCACAUCCGCGCGCAUUCUCUAGGCGGCGUCGACGCAGAUGCGGCCUCUGGGAAGUUGUAAACCGAGAGAUGAGAGAGGGGAGAGUGCAAGAUGAAAGACAUCUGCUGCAGAAACAAGACGUCGAAACGCGAAGAACAUUUGCUGCCACCAUCGAGUGUAGAUCGCGAUAAACAGUUGUCUUCUUCUUGUUUUAUAUCAGUUGAAAAGUGCGAGUCUUUGCGAUUGUGUCGCUCGGUAUUUCUUGCGUGAAAUGGAUAAAUUCGUCUUGACCACGUGACAGUUGAGAGCAAGUUAACUGAAAAUUACUAACUGAUGGCUUCAUUCCGGCUUGGUCCGUUGAAAAGUCCGAAUCGACGCUUGUUGAGUCAUCAAAACACGCCGCCGUUUAGCAUCGAUCCUUCGCAAUUGCAAGUAUCUCUGGAACAGACACAAGGUGCUCCCCCGACGCCUCAGGCCAAUAGACAAUCCUCUGGCAAGUCAUCUCCGUUACGAGGUCGCUGUGUCAAAGAAUACGAAGAGCAAUUGCAGCAGCUGCAGCACGAGAAUUUCAACUUGAAACUUCGCGUUUUCCUGUUGGAAGAAAGAGUGGGCAAAGCUUUGGGUAGGACCGAUGCGGCCGAUAUUAUCAAGAACAAUAUUGAAUUGAAAGUUGAAAACGAGACAUUGAAAAAGUCUCUUGCUGAGAAAUGCCAGUUAUUGGCUCAAGCUUCGGGCGCUAUCGAAGAGCUCGAGAAUCAACAGCGCGCCUCUCUAGCUUCUCAUCAGGCGGAACAACGAUCUCUACAGCAGCAACUGCAGCAUCUUCAAAAGGAGUUGGCUGAAGCUGAAGAAGCUCGCGUCAAUGGUCGGAUGAGUCUCAUGCCGGAUGAAUCCAACGACUUGUAUGCCCAAGCCUUUGGCUCCUUUCUAUUGAAUCCGAAUCAGCCAACCUGCAACUACUCUGAUCAUCACAGCAAGAAGGAGAUGGAUGAGCUGCAAGAAAAAGUGGAUCAGCUCGUCAGUGAGGCCACUGCCCGUGUGGAAGAAAUGGACAAGUUGAGCAGCGAAGUGAGUCAGUCGCAGGGUCAAUUGAAAGAGUUCCAGCAACGAGUCCAGGCUCUCGAGAAUGACAUCACUCAAAUGGAGAACAAUCGAGUUGAAAAGGACUUGAAAAUAGCUAAUUUAACUUCCCUGCUGGACAACCAGACUAAAGAAAGCAAAAUCCGUCAUCCGGCUGUCGAAAAAGACAAGAUAAUUGAAGAGAAACAACAUCAACUGGAACAGCAAAACAAAAUUCUUGUCGAAAUUCAGAUUACUUUGGACGAGAAACAAAAGCAAAUAGCUGAACUGGAAGGAUCCCUCAACGACAAGAAGAAAAAGGUUGUCGAGUUGGAAAAAAGCCUAUCAAAAGCUGGCCGUACGCUCCAAGGUUUCGUGACAGACAUCCAAAAGAAAGAAAAAGAACUGGAACAUUUGAAGGUUGAAGGCCGCAAAAAAGAUAAACGCGUCAAGGAUUUGACGGCCGAACUCAAAGAAGCGCAAGAGUUAUUCAACAAGACGAAAUGGGAGACGGAGGUGUCCGGUAAAGAAGACAACAUCAAAGCUAUGGCUGAAGAAGAGAAUGAGCGUUUAUGGGCCGAAUUGGAGGAGAAGAAGAAACUUUUGAUUGCCGCCGAACAACAAAAAGCACGUCUACAGCUCGAUGCCGAUCAACUGGCUUCGUUACGGCUAGAAGUAGGCCAGAAGGAGCAAGCUGUUGCGGAAGCUGAGACGCAGAUUGCCACCCUGAAGCGCCAGAUGAUGGAUCUUCAGCAAGAGAUGAAUUCUCGAGCAGCUAUUCCUUCAAGCCAUCGAUCAGAACUGAGAUCUCGACAUUCCUUGGAUUCGACAGAACAACAACAACAACAACCUUCUGCCCUCGCUGCCCAGUUGGCAGCCUACGUCCGUGAGCGCCAGGAUCUUACCGAGACUGUACAAAGUCUAAAAAACCAGCUGUUGGCCUAUCAAAAUGGCAAUGGCGAACCUACAGAAGCCGCGUCAUGGAAAUUACGCUAUGAAGAAUCGCAAGAAAAGGCUGAGCGUAUGGAUAAGGAACUGCAGCGUCUCAAGGCGGAGAUUCGCAGUUGGAAGAAACAAGCAGAAACGAGUUUCAACGGGUCUGUGCGGGCAGGUGAUCAUGAAGUGAGAAGCUACAAAAAGGAGUUGACUGCGUUACGACAACGUUUGGCAGAUUCAACCAAUGCCUGUGAUUUGUUACGUACGCGUCUUGAAGAGAUGGCUGACUUUUUGGAAGAGAUUUUGUCGAUGAGCCAACAAGAGCUGCUCAAUCUGAGCAAUUGGUCGGCUGCCAGUAAACGUCGACAAGCGUUGCAGCAUUCCAUCCUGCAAAGCAGAGAAUUGUCUCGAACUCUUUCGCAAUCGCUGAUGAUUGGCGUCGAUCCCGACGACCAGCAACAACAUUCGAGCAGUUCCCUCUCGACUACGAGCAGCAAUUGGAGCUCUCAUAGCAACGAACAGCAGCUGAAAAUGAGUCGAGAAAAGUCUGUCGACAGUCUACCUCCGCCUUGCUUAGACACGGAAGAAAUCGGUUGCCAAGUCCAGCUGGAACUCUCGGCGGCCAACGAACCGUCUCGUAAGAUGUUGGUGGAUCAAUUGCGUGAAACGGUCAAGGAGUUGGAAGACCAGGUCAAGCAGCGCGAUGAAGAAAUUGCUCGAAUGAAAAUUACCAACAACACUGUGGCUAAUAAUAAAUCCAUGCAGACAGAUCGACUUUCGUUAGCUACGCAACCUCAAAACAAAAACUUGCUGAUCAGCAGCACGCCUUAUCAUCGCCCAGGGCAGUCUGGUGCCACGUUCUUAUCUCCGGUGGCAAUGACGAGAGGUAAAACGCAGCCGACAGCUUUCUCUGGCGGAGAACUUUUCCCUCCGGAACCAACAAAUUCGAUUAACUUUUCGGCAAAGGAAAGCAUAAGUCCUCAGAAGGCGCCGUUGCAACCUCGUGACGUCGGGAUGUCGGAAUCUGAGGCUUGGUCGGAACCAGAUCGAACUGUUUCAUUCGCCCGUAUUGGCUUACCUGUUCAGCAUCAAAUCGAAAUCAAUUCGAUCGCCGCCCUCCUUUCGAACAAGAAACCCAUCGCACAUUCCAACGCCGGUCUCCUGACUACGGUCGACAGUAGUGAUUCUUCCAAGCGGACAGCGAGACGCUCGAGGUCUGAUCCCUGCGAAGUCAAGCGCACCGGUAACCGACUACGAUCGCUGGAGCAGGAAAACAGUAAACUUCGCUUGCAAUUAGCGGAAUUGGUCAACUGUCUGCGUUCCACCUAUGACAUCCAAUUUUCCAAAGACGAGUCCGUUCUGUUAGAAGAUUCGCAAGAUAAGGAGGAAUCGAUCAAUGCCAGUGAAAGGCGUAAUUCCAUCGAUGAUCUGGCUGGUGCUGGUGACCUGACUACAGCACAAUACAUCAUUGAUGCGCUGAAAAAUCGUCUUCUGAAGAUGAAGGAAGUCAUUAAACGGAGAGAAUCGCGAUUGCGCGAAGCCAAGGAUUUGAAUACGCAACUUGAAUUCAAAGUCAGGGAAAAGUACUACCGAGAGUGUGAAAUUCAAUUGCAGCUCAAAGAGGUACAGGAGAGACUUGGCGACAAAAACCGCGAAGUGGAGCUGCUGGAAGCUCGCUGGAUUGAAGCGCAAUCGCAAUGGAUGUCGACCACCGCCGCCAAGGAUCGCCAAGCCGCUGAGCUCCGCAGCGCACUAGACGCCCGUGAAACUGAGCUCCGCACUGCUCUGAUGAAAGCUCAACUGUGGGAGACGUCUUACAAUGAUGGACAGAAAACUAUGCGUCAAGUGGAGAGUGAGCUGAAAUCGCAGCAGGAGCGUUUGAUACAAUCCAUGUCCUUGUUGGAACAGCAAGUCCGUGUGUUGAAAGAGGAUUUGGAAUCGGUCAGGGAAGAUCGAAGUAGGCUGCAAAAGGAAUUGGAGAUGUUUAGAGAACAAGCUGCUAACGCUGAAUUGUCGCAAAAUUCUCCAAUCCUCCAUGCUGCUCUCCAGUCGACAUCACGUCGGCGUAGUAGUCAAGGAAUUCAACGUCAGGCUAGCCAAAUGUCGGAUUACGUGUCGGAUCAAGCAGUUUCAGAAGAUCAAGCCCCUAAUCUCGUCAUCCAGGCUGGAAAGAAUAAUGAGUCCAACGCCAGUGCAAAUGCUUCAAGACCUUCGGCACUUCAUCUUUCACCAGAUUUGGGAAUUGAUUCCGAUCCUGGGCGGUUCUCCAGUUUGGAACAUUCAGCUGUGGAGCAUAAAGAUGCUCAUGGCUUUAAUUCGUGGGCUACUAAUAAAGUGAGUCCUAAGCAAAAAGAAGCGGUACUUCAUAAGGAUGGCCUUUCGCCUGAUGUUUUGAACUCUUCCAGUUGUGUCAACUGUAACAGAUGGGAAAAUAAAUAUAUCAAAGCUAAACAAACGUUGGCAGCUACGUUGGAAAAACUUCAAGCCGCCAAUGUGCGCAAGGAAAAGGUUGAUCGAGCUUUAAACAAAGAAUUGGGCAAAACCCACAACAUUCUCUGUCAGGCUAGAGGCUUAUUGGAACAGGCUAAUCAUGCCGGCAAUUAAUUUUUUUUUACGUACUUUUACAUUUCGGAGAGCCUUUAAACAUUGGAAGAAUGUGCCUCAUGUUUUAAUGUGAUUCUUGUAAAUGAUAAUAAUUCACCUUUUUUUUCUAUUGUUCUAUAAAUUGGAUCUAGGUAUAUAGAAAUUCAGUCGAUAUUGAAUACUUGUUUUACAUCGCUUUCUUGUCUCGUUGUGCGGAAUACAAUCGGUAUAAUAACGUG